CCAUCCAGUUAAAAAUGUGUUAUGUUUCAUAAUUUGUAUUUGUAUGGCAGUCUGUGGGAUUGUCACUAUGGAUAUAGCGAUAUCCUGACUUUUUAAUAUGCUAUAAUUUUGCUUCUGGUUGAGAUACAUGCCCAAGGGAAUAAACAAUAUUCCAGUACAGAAAAGUCUAUAAUUCAGAAUGAGUAGAACAUGUGAUUACUUCACCACGUUUCCCAGGUUGCCACACAUUUAUGCUCAUGUAAUUUUACACCACACUUAUCGUUCUCUCCAGUCCUUCUGAGUGUUUUCUCAUUCCCAGCUCCCACCCACUAGUUCAUUUGUCUUCCUGAUUAUUAUCUUUAAGAAGGCCUGCACCUUAACCCUUCCUGCCCAAAGUGCCCUCAGCCUGUGAGUGGUAACAUACAGACAAACCAUGGAAGGAAUUAUGUCUAUAUAUUGUCUGUCUGUCUAUAUUCAACAAAUUUAUUAGCACAUCUGAACUCAGUGAUGUGGUAAUGCCAGAGAAAGCUUAUUGUAGUGUAGCUGAGUCGCUCGUCAGUUCUUCCUCUGGCUCUUCCUCUGGAGAAACCUGGCUCAGAGUUGAGCUGUUUUUCUAACACUCCAAUCAGCUGGUGUUUCCUGGCUUUCUUUAAGUUUUUUCUCUGUGAGUUAUGCGUAAAGCUUGAACACCAUGGCACACUGUGUCCCUACUGCACUGUCCACACUGAAGCCAAGAUAGUUGUACACGGGACAGCUUAGCUAGAAACAUGCCUCAAAGGUAGAUUACCAAUUUUCCCAGUGUACAAGAUGAUCUCAUUUGAGCUUGGAUGCUUCCAGGAAAGAAACAACAUGAUCCUUUUGGCGAAUGAGUGAAGAAUCAGUAUGAGAGCAGAAGAAAUCCAGCAUCACUUCCUGGGACAAAGAAGAAAUGUUAUUCUAACAAUCAGGAUUGACAGGAUUGCUUGGAUUUGAUGUUCUUGUCUUGUCCUUUCUUCAUUUCUGUGUCAUCACUUUGGAUUAUUUUUCGUGUCACUUUAAAAGUAAAUGAGUGAGAGACGGGAAAGUGCUGAGGAAGUGGCGCUGUGCUGGAUAUUUUUGGUCCCUAUUCAUUGACAGGAAGACAAGCAUCAUAACUGCCCUCUCAGCUACUUUCUCCGCCAGUGCUGUCCUUUUCUCUGUCCCCAGCUUUGGGGUUUUCUCAAUCUUUUCAUUGAUGGUUCUCCUGAUGGCCAGUGAUGGAUUGCCUGGGUUCUAGUCUCAAGAUGUCUCAUCUGCGCCGGACUGCCUCUGGUAGGUGAUGAUGGCCGACAUCAUGACUAUGAUAGUGGCUUGUUCUGUGAACUUCAGGACGAACAGAACUUCGAUCACCACUCACAUAUUGGAAUAUUGACACAAAGAGGCAGGCAUCCAAACAAAGUCUGCCACUUCUUCCAUCGUUAUAGCAACCUAGAAGUUUUUCUAGAAAUAAACACAUAAUGGGCAGUGGAUUGAGAAAAAUGAGACGUCGUCAGAAGUAUUGGUUUUGUCGAACUAAAGAGAAAGCAAGCAAGGCGAGCUGCUUCCCCUCCAAAUCCCUUGAUGAAGAGGAGGCUUGUGUGGGAGUGAAGAUUGCUGAGGCACAAGAUCUUGGCAGUAGGCCUGCAGAUCGAGCCAGUCGAAAUGAGAAGCCACGUCAGGGGAGCAGAGCAAGUGACAGAAGCUCGGCAAGAGUAAAUGGAAAAGGCUCAAGACGCCAGCUUCCUCAGCGUAUCAAACCACAAGUGCCUCCUAAACCAGCACACCUCCAGACUCCGGUGACCGAGCUGUGUAAGCCGCUGGGCAGGAGCUCACCCUUUAGCUCCAAGAUGGAGGAGGGCGGAGGAGGAGGAGGAGGAGGAGGAGGAGGGGGAGGAGGGGGAGGAGGAAAAGGCAGAGUGUCUGACCUCAUCAGUCGCUUUGAGGAAAACAGGCACACAGACAGGAGGGACGGCUCUCCUCAGAAACACGCACCCAAACCUGCUAAGAGCAGUCCGGUACAGAGGAGUAGCCAGAAACCAACGGAUACUAAAGAGCAGACUGAGGACAGCAGCACCAGCCAUGACCACAUGCCCUCUACCAAUGGAGUGUUAGGUCAGAUGGACAGAAACAGCAAUGACAGUGGAGCUGUGAGACCAGACGGCGAACCGCUGCUGAAUGGAGACAUGGUGGAGCAACGUUUGGAAGAGGUUGUAGACGCGUCUCAGAGUGUCAUCGAGACACCUGAGAAAGAAGAUGAGAGCAGGAGAACCGAGACAGAGGCAGAGACAGAGAAUGAGGCCAGUACGGAUGACAGGGGUAUGGAACACAAGGAGACCAAUGAACAGAAGCUGUACAAAAUCGCAAAUGAGCUUCUGCAGACAGAGAAGGCCUACGUUGCAAGACUAAAUUUAUUAGAGGUGUUUUGUGCCAAGCUGAUGGAGGAGGCAGGAAAAGGCACGUUCCCUUUGGAGGUGGUGAAAAACAUCUUCUCCAAUAUCUCCUCCAUCAGUACCUUCCACAGCCAGUUUCUGCUGCCAGACCUGGAGAAACGCAUGGGAGAAUGGGAGACGACACCUCGAAUCGGGGACAUUCUGCAGAAACUUACACCCUUUCUGAAGAUGUAUGCAGAAUACGUGAGGAACUUUGAUAAAGCCAUGGAGCUGCUGAAACAGUGGACAGACCGCUCGCCUCAGUUUAAGACCAUUAUUCAGGACAUCCAGAAACAGGAAGUGUGUGGGAGUCUGACGCUGCAGCAUCACAUGCUGGAACCAGUACAGAGAGUACCAAGAUACGAGAUGCUCCUCAAAGACUACCUGAAGAAGCUUCCUCAGGACCACGUGGACCAGCGGGACGCUGAGAAAUCGUUGGAGAUUAUUGCCACGGCAGCCACACACUCAAACACUGCAAUUCGCAAAUCUGAGAAUCUGAAGAAACUGCUGGAGAUUUAUGAGAUGCUGGGGGAGGAAGAGGACAUUGUGAAUGCCUCCAAUGAGUUUAUAAAGGAGGGCCACAUUCUCAAACUGGCAGCCAGGAACACUUCAGCUAUGGACCGAUACCUCUUUCUGUUCAACAACAUGCUGCUCUACUGCGUUCCCAAGUUCAGCCUGGUGGGCCAGAAGUUUACGGUGCGCACGCGAAUCGGCAUCGAUGGGAUGAAGGUGAUGGAGACGUAUAACGAGGAUUACCCUCAUACGUUCCAGGUGUCUGGGAAGGAGCGUACCCUCGAGCUGCAGGCCAGCUCCGAACAAGAUAAAGAGGACUGGAUAAAGGCAUUCCAAGAAACAAUAGAGAUCUUUCACCAAAAGAAUGAGACAUUUAAAAUGGCUGCUAAAGAAGUGGAGGAAGUGUCGAUAACAGACCUGGGAAAACGAGCACCCCGCUGGAUUCGAGACAAUGAGGUGACCAUGUGUAUGAAGUGUAGGGAACCUUUCAACGCUCUCACCCGCAGGAGGCAUCACUGUCGAGCUUGUGGCUAUGUGGUAUGCUGGAAGUGCUCAGACAAUAAGGCUCCUCUGGAGUACGAUGGCAAUAAGAUGAAUAAAGUGUGUCGAGACUGUUACUCCAUUUUAAAAGGCCACACAGAGAGCGAGGAGAAGGAGGGCAAGAAGAAAGGCAUUCUGGAGAUCGAAGCAGCACAGUUCUCAGGCAGCAGUAUAAUGUGUGGCUUCCUGCAGUACUGUGAGAAGAAUAAACCCUGGCAGAAAGUCUGGUGUGUUAUUCCUCAGAAGGAGGCUUUAGUGCUCUAUCUGUAUGGAGCACCGCAGGAUGUUAAGGCUCAGUCCACCAUCCCGCUGCUGGGUUACUCUGUAGACGACGCUUCCCGACCCACCGAUCCUCCAGCCAGUUUCCGUCUGUCCCAGUCGAAGUCUGUCCACAGCUUUGCUGCUGAGAGUGAGGAACUGAAGCAGCGCUGGCUCAAAGUGAUCCGAGUGUGUGUGACAGGAGAAGUGCCCACAAGCCCGCCACCUACAGAGACACACGCCGCAGAGAGCAGCCGGGAGCCGAGCACGGAGAGCCUCUAAGAGAAGAACGAGAGCACACUGUUGGUGCCAAAGACACAGACGGAGAGAGGAGAGGAUCCCAGAGACUACACACAGACAAGGCUGUCAAUCACUAACACGCAGCAUACAACGCGAUGGGGACGAGCUGUAUUACAGCCAUGCUGGAUUUAAUCUGUGAGCAAAAAAAAAAUGAUGCUCUCUCUCUAAAGCUGCUCUGAAACACAGCAGUCCAAAGAUGGCACACACAAGUGCUUUGAACCUAUACUGGUGCUCUAGGAUGGUUAGUAAAAUGAUAUGUAUAUGUAUGAGUACACUCUCAUUUCCUCACAUCAUGCUCUCAUCCUCAGCCUCUGCAGUACAUUUUAGUGCAGGCAGUGCUGUUAUUCUAGUGCGGUAUUCUUAUCUACGCAUUGUGUAUAUAUUGUAGCAUUCCGUCUGUAUGUAUGGAUAUGCCCUCACUGUCUCUUUUAUAAAGAUGUGAAGUGAAUCCAGGCCUCUUCGAUGCUGAAGGCAAGUCUGAGUUUAAAUUCAGGCUGCCUCAGUACCCUAGGAAGAAUCAUUAUUGCUCUUUCUAGGAUCUUUUUUUUUCCCAUACGGACCACAAAUCACAUUUAGUUACCCCUCGCAAUAAACCCGGAUCACGUCAGUGCACCUGGAGAACAGCAGGAGUCGUGAUGCCACAUUUACUAACCAGCAUCUAUAACCUCAUUCCAUCCCAGCACAAGAAUCACUCGGCUAAAAUGUGCUCCAUACAGACUGCAAGAAAUGUGCAAUGAGAGUCGUGCACUCUCGUGAGCAAAGGACACGGCAAUACCACAGUAAAGUGUUGCAUAAGCUGGGUAAAUCCCUCCUUUAUAAUAGACUGUCUACUGGAUGGUCUCAAACUAUAGUUUUACCCAAGCAGGUGCAUGUGUUGCCUUCAGUUUUAGAAAAAAAAAAUCAUUCUAAAUAUCAAUGAUAAUUAAAGGAAUACUCCAGUGUUUAUCAACCUAAUAUCUUUAUAAAGCAUCUGUAACAUAACAGUUAUCAUAAAUAAGAAUGUAUACACUUUACCCUGUACAGAAAAGAAAAGAACAAAAAAGCUAUAAAUUUAGUUCUAAUUGAAGUUUAAGGGCAGUUGUUGAAUCCUGUUGAACACUAUUUUGUAUACACACCAAAUUGGCGCAAACGCACAAUUAUGAAAUCUGCUCACUCCGAGUUACUCAACUGGGUAUCGUGUCCUAAGAGCGUUGUUACCAUAUCAGAAACCAUGUCGUAUUCUGUCCAAACAUCCUCCUGCGUGUUAAAACUAGGCUAUGUGUAAUUAAUUUGAGUCUUAUCUCAUCAGUUAUAGCAUGAAUACCUGAUUAUAUAAACUUAAAAAGAAUUUAAUCCUGUGCAGUAUACACUGUGGACCAUGAUAAGCAAUUGCAGUGUUGAGUAACCUUGUUAAAUUACUAAUACGAAAGCCAAUUUUAGUAUGCGCUAAUGACACUGAUUCUAAUUAUGUGCUACUCUUGGUACCAGAGUUCUUAUGUAUUUUCAUCCAACGUUUGGUAUUUCUUUCAGUUAAUCAAGUUUGUCACAAGGUAUAACUUCAUUAUCAGACCUCAAAACAUUAAAUAGAAUGUUCUAUAAAAAUCUGUUUCAGAUUUAACAUUUAUAGACUGCCCUUAUAACUGCCCUUAGACUUUCAACACAUUUCCCAGUACUGAUUAGUCAAACCUAAUGAUUGCCUAAAUGUGCUGAAUUUCUUAAUCACACAUACACUUCAUGCAGACUUAAUAGAGAUUAAGAUUUCAAAAAUAUUCAUUACACUGAAGUAUUCCUUUAAAGUGUUUAUCAUCCACAAGCACAGAUCAUUUCCUUUCUUUUUCUAUGUUGGCUGUGUUUGUCUGUCUGCUCUGCCUUUAGACACAUGCUAUUGAGCCGGCCAGUGGGAUGUGUGUUUUAACGCUACUGAUCAGUGUCUUAAAUGACUUCCUGUACAAUCAAGGACAAAUAGACCCACGAGCUGGGAGAAACAUGUAAAUGUUUUAUGAAAUACUGUAAUUAAUUUUAUUAUUUAAGAGUAAUUUAUAAUUGAUGUGCAUGAUUUUGAAGAACAGUAGCACAAAGAAUGGUUUCUUAUUUUUUCCUCUUCCUCAAUUUUAUUGUCCAUUUACCAAGUGCUUGGUAUACAGAAUCCCAUCAUAAACUUGGUCCUAUCUCUUU